AUGUUUAUGCUUGUCAUCCCCAAGGACGCACUGCCCCCCUCCCUCGGACACUCACUCGGUUACUAUAGCAAGCACAUGAUGGCUUCCAUUCCAGACCCCCAGCCUAAGAAACGAGAGUCCCGUGCUGGGACGCGAAAGGUGACGUCUCUCUCAGCUGAACAACUCGAAAUAAAGCGCGCCAACGAUCGGGAGGCCCAAAGGACUAUUCGUCAGCGGACAAAGGAGCACAUCGAACGUCUGGAGCACCAAGUAGCGGAGUUAAAAUCGAAAGGGGAACAAUAUGAUCAUGUCGUCCGAAGAAACACUGCUUUAGAAAACGAGAUCAGGGCUUUAAAACAACAGCUAUCUCUGGCAAGAAGCGGACAAGCCUAUUCAGGCCCAGCCGAGGGCUCAUACAAUACUCCUUCCGGACCAGUGCUUCCUUCUCAAUUCACAGAGCCCUUGAGUGUAAACCCAGUUUCCAGGACCCCAUCGGCUCUUUCAACCUCUAGCCAGGUCUCCGUUGCGCCUGACUGGCAACAGUACGGUUCCACAGGGUCACCAUCUAUCUGUGAAUCGUCGGACGCAGAUUACUCGAACAGGGUAGAACCUUUUAUGUUCGAAGGACAGUUACAAACGUCGAACCCGAUGACUGUUGCAGCACCCCAAGCUAGCUUCAAUCCCCCUAGCGGCCAUCCUCCUGAGCCCGGUCUCCACUCAUAUUCACACUUAUACGCAGGAAGUGGUCCCAACCAAGUGCGCCGAGGGGAGCAUUCACACAACCCUCAACACGUCGUGCAAUGUGCGACGAGUCAACGCUCAAUGUCCGUGCCAACUAUCCCGUCAGAAAGGGAACUUCAAACGAUUACAGCUAUGAUUGGGCUCGUCGACAGUGAUACUGUUGGCAAGUGGUCGUUCAAGGAGGUAUAUCUUAAUUGUGUAAUUGUGGCCUAA